AUGGGGCCAGCAGGGCCAUCAUGGCCACAGAGCCUGAAGGAUCAGUGUGACUCCGAGCUUCCAGCCAACGCACCCCAGGCUCGGGAGGGGAUUUCUGAGAGGGCUGACCUCUGGGUGCUGGAGCAGUCCAGGGACUUCAGCCACACCUACCAGCCGUGGCAGUUCUUUGCCUGUGAGAAUCGGGAGCUGUGGAGCCUGGGAGAUGUCCCCAGUGGGGCUGCUCUCCGUGUGGUGGUGACACAGGACCCUGGUGGCUCCCAGCUCACUUCCUGCCAGCUCAGAUGCCUGGGUCAGGAAAGCUGGGUCCUGGCACUCAUUCACCGGCUGCCUUUAGCCACCUGCCACCCUGACGGGUCAGGUUGGCGGGAUGGGGAUUCUCCAGUUUCGCGGCCUGGUCACAUGUCCCCCAAAACUCCCUGGCCCGAGAGUGGAGGAGGGGCAGUUCUCUCACAGGCAGUGGGGGACUGCCCCAAGGAAGGACAUGAAGACAGUCCUCCAAGGGGAGCGGGAGACACCUGCUAUCUAGACGUGUCCCAGGGAGAGGGGUGCAGGGGUGUGGGUGGUGAGCCGGUGCAGCUGUGCACGUCCAGCGUGGCCGGCGGGGCAGGAGCUCCUCCCUCAGCAGGGUUCAGUGACCUCUUCCCCAAGUCCUGCUGGCUGGUGGAGCCUUGGCUGGGUGACCCGUCGAGGGCGCAGCAUUCCCACCUCAAGAUGAGGUGGCCGGGCUCAGGCUCAGCCUCCAAGAGGGACUGCCUGGAGCGGUUUGGGCCGCGGUCACGUGGGAUGCCGACGCCAUCUGCACCACUGAGUACUCACACAUCGUGCCCCUGGAGAACGGUGAGGUGGGCCGAGGGACAGCGUGGUGGUGGGUUCUGCUGGUCUGCUCCUGAUGGCCACACCUGGCCUCACCGUCCACGCCUUCUGCGGAUCGUGGUGUCCCUGGUGAAUGGGCGCCCAGGGGCCAUGAACUUCUCCUACUCGCCGCUGCUGCGCAGCUUCACCGAAGCCACCAACACGCUGCUGGGUCACCUCAUGGGCAAGGCGCUGCAGGACCCCACAGUCAUGCACCGGGUGAGCCCACCCUGUCUGGCGUGGGGGGCAGCCCCUGGCAGACGGGGGAGGAGCCGGCCCUGGGGGGCAGCCUGGGCCUGA